AUGCUCCUCCGAUCAGGCCUCCUCGCCGUGGGCCUCAGUCUCGGCGCGAGGACGCCAGUCCCGGCGGCUUCAGUGCUGCGGCCACUGCGGGCCCCGUGUGCCAACAUGCUUCGCAACCUGAGCACCCAGUCCGCGCGAAAGGGCCCUUCCUCCGUCGUCUCUCAGCUCCGAGCACAGCCUGGAGCUUCCUUUGGUCUCGGUUUCACGUCUUCUCGUUCUGCUCCCUCGCUACGUGCCACUGGAAGAACAUUCUCGUCCUCGUCUGCCGUCCUCCAGCGCCUGGGCCGCAUCAGGCCGAAGCGCAUCGCGAUCCCAAUUCAGGGCGCCGCCGAGGCUGGUGCUCUGCCGGAGCCCAGUAUCGUCGUCCCCAUUAUGUUCUCCAUUGUCUUCUCUCUCCUCGCCUUUGCCUUCGCGGCCUGGUACACGAACCAGGAGACUGCGUACUGGAUCUCGCAGGUCAAGAGUUACUCUCUCUUCACACCUUCGAACGGCGAAAUCAACCGCACGAAGCGCCGGACGCUUGCCGCCGAGGCCCAGCAGACGGUCGAGGAGCUGAAGGAGAAGCUGUCGGGCCUUCCCCAUGGCCUGCAGGUCUUCAUCCUCCGGACCUACAUCAUGGUGAAGGAGUGGCAGCUGAAUCAAUCGCCCGCUGAGCGUGGUCCCGCUAUUCUGUUUGGAAUCAUGAUCCCCGUCUUCCUCGCUUGGCAAAUCAGGCGCAACCAGCCCUUCAUGCGCAAGUGGUUCACGCACUUCCCCGUCGUGUUCCGCGGCGGCGAGCCGCGCUCGUGCACCACCAUGCUGACCUCCGUCGUGUCGCACAAGGACCUGUGGCACUUUGUGUUCAACGGCGUCGCGCUCAUCUCCUUUGGCAACGCAGCCUACGUCUACAUGGCGCAGAACGACUACUCGCUCCCAACGUGCGACGACGUGCCCCAGUUCCUCGCCUUCUUCGCCGUCGCUGGUCUCGCGGCCUCCCUCGGUUCGCACCUGUACACGAAUGUUGUGCGGUUGCCGCGUCUCAUGCGUGCGCUUCUGUCGCCUGCGCGCCUCAGCCCUGCCAACGCGCUCGCGGCACACAACGCCAUCCUCCCCUCCCUCGGCGCCUCUGGAGCUAUCUACGCCAUGCUCUCGAUGGUCGCGCUCGCCUUCCCCAACAGCCACGUUAGUAUCAUCUUCCUCCCAUUCAUCCAGAUCCCGAUUGGCGUCGGCGUCGCGGGAAUGAUCGCCCUCGACGUCGUCGGUAUCCUGAGGGGUUGGAAGAUGUUUGACCACGUCGCGCACUUCUGCGGAGCCAUGUUUGGCGUCUUCUACUUCUACGUGGGGAGGGAAUGGUUCAACUGGCUCCGUGACCAGAUGGGCGCCGUCAAGAGGACGUGGAGGACUUAA